AUGUGGGAUCGGGGUAGUAUUUCGAAUGGAUACUCAUGGUAUGUGACGGUACGCCUCGUCCCUGGAGGGCCAGCAUGGGAGUCAUCCUCGAGCGGGGGCCUUCAAGUGGGAGAUGUUCUACAAACUGUAGAUGGGAAGAAUGUUUACAGGUGGCCUGUAGCUCAGCUCGCGCCCUUGCUCCUCGGCCCUGAGAGCUCCACCGUGCGGCUCGGAGUGCAGGUGGGAAUUGGGGCGGAGGAAGCGAAAGAGGUCGACAUCCUUGCUCCGAAAUCUCCCAGGCUGACAUCCAGCAGGUUCAACCCUCCUCCAGAACCUUACAGCUCGUCGAGGCCACCCAUCGUCGAUGCAAGGAGAGGCCUGGGGAGCAAGGAUGCUCUGCGGUCGGCUGGGAUGAACGGAAGCACCAAGAUGGGUGAAUUCACUGCCGCUUAA